GGAAGGUGGAGAGGAAUUUUACAACGGAGUAACUCAUCUUUUAAACAUAGAUUAUCUUCGGUGUAUCAUAAACCGUCGCUGUUAUCUGCUGUCCUUUAAGGUCGUUGCUACUGUUUAACUUCAAUUGAAGCGGUCAGUUAAUAAAUUUGUGUUCUCCUUCAGCUGGCAGCAUCCCCACAGGAGCUGGAAGAGGACGGAGAAAAGGGAAGAGCAGACACAUUAACAUUGGAGCAGUUAAAGGAAUGAGGAUAUACUGGCAAGGACAAUGAUAGAGACAAGAGAGAAGGCGAGAUAAUCAUCACUGGAGAGACAUACACUUUUGACUCAACACAACAGGCUGCCCUGUCUCUGUGAUGGAGCAAGAAGAGGUGGCAGCCAGGCAGGAUGCAGACCCACAGCUGAUGUUCAGGAUAGAGCGUCCAGUCUACGAUGAAUCCUUCAUCCGGUCGAAGCUCCUCAACCGAAAAGAAAACUCCACCACACUCCGAGAGAGGCUGACACAGCAGUUCCGGUGUUCAUCAAAGAGGGCCAAGGCAGCAGCUCUGAGUUUCCUGCCUAUUCUAACAUGGCUGCCAUCCUAUCCAGUCAAGCAGUACUUGUUUUCAGAUGUGGUCUCAGGUCUCAGCACAGGAGUUGUGCAGCUUCCUCAAGGUCUAGCCUAUGCUAUGCUGGCUGCUGUGCCUCCAGUUUAUGGUCUGUACUCCUCAUUCUACCCCGUUCUGCUCUACACCUUCUUUGGCACGUCUAGACACAUAUCAGUAGGUACCUUCGCAGUUAUAAGUCUGAUGAUUGGCGGUGUUGCUGUGAGGGAAGCCCCAGACUCCAUGUUUUACGUCCUGCCUGCAAACGGAUCCAACAUGUCCGCUGUCCUAGACGUGGAGGCUCGUGAUGCCAGGAGGGUCCAGGUGGCUGUGGUGCUCACAACCCUGGUGGGAAUCAUCCAGAUUGUCUUAGGUCUUCUUCGGUUUGGCUUUGUGGCGAUCUACCUCACGGAGCCCCUGGUGCGAGGUUUCACUACAGCAGCAGCUGUGCAUGUUGUCGUCUCCCAGCUAAAGUACCUGCUGGGGGUGAAGACACCACGUUUCAGCGGGCCCCUCUCUGCUAUUUAUAGCGUCAUAGAAGUACUCGGUCAUAUCACCAGCACGAACAUCACCACUCUCAUCCUGGGCCUUGUGUGUCUUGUCUUCCUGUAUGUGGUCAAAGACCUGAAUGAACGCUUUAAAAAAAAACUACCUAUUCCCAUUCCUGGAGAGAUUAUUGUCGUCAUUGUGUCAACCGGCAUCUCCUAUGGCCUGUCUUUGGCAGAAGACUACAAGGUGGAUGUGGUUGGGAAGAUACCAACAGGGCUUCUCCCCCCUGCUGCCCCAGAGUUCUCUCUGUUACCCAGUUUGAUCACAGACUCCUUCGCUGUAGCGAUUGUAGGAUUCUCAAUGGGCAUCUCACUUGCCAAAAUCUUUGCCCUGAAGCAUGGGUACAGUGUGGACGGCAACCAGGAGCUGAUCGCCCUUGGGCUGUGUAACUUCAUCAGCUCUUUCUUCAAAACCUUUACCAUCACUUGCUCCAUGUCAAGAAGCCUGGUACAGGAGAGCACAGGAGGAAAGACACAGAUUGCAGGGCUGCUGGCAUCUCUGGUGGUGCUGCUGGUGGUGGUGGCCAUUGGGUUUGUCUUCCAGCCACUCCCUCAGACUGCACUGGCUGCCAUCAUCAUGGUCAACUUGUUGGGGAUGUUCAAACAGUUCAGAGACAUUCCUACUCUGUGGAGGACCAGUAAGAUUGAACUGGCCAUCUGGCUGGUAGCAUUUGUAGCUUCUGUGCUGUUGGGCCUGGAUUAUGGCCUCCUAGUGGCUAUUUCAUUUGCCAUACUGACAGUCAUCUACAGAACACAGAGUCCCAAAACUGCUACCUUGGGCCAUGUUCCUGGAACUGGGCUGUACUGUGAUGUGGAUGAGUAUGAAGAGGCAGCUGAAUAUGAGGGGAUUAAGAUUUUCCACUCCAACUCUUCAAUCUACUUUGCCAACAGUGACCUUUACCUGAAUGCCCUGAAGGAGAAGACAGGAGUAAACCCUGAGCACUUACAAGCUGCCCGGAAAGCCAGGAAUAAACAGAGGGUUAAGGCAAACAGUAAUUACAACUCUCCACCAAAGAUUUGUGUUAAGUACAAGAAGGAGGGAGUGACCCAUGAGGUUUUGUCCUAUAACCACAUGGAGGGGGAGGAGGAGCAGAGGAACGGCCGGUUGGGGGACAGACACAUGGAGUCAAACUCAGAGGAGACCGUCUUCCUUGAACAUCCCAGCACUGUCCACUCCAUCAUCCUAGACUGGACACCCGUCAGCUUCAUUGACACUGUUGGAGCCAAAGCCAUCAAACAGGUCAUUAAGGAAUAUGCAGCUGUGGAUGUUCGGGUGGUUAUAGCCAGCUGCAGCAGAAGCCUGCUGGCUGAUCUGGACACCUUACAGUUCUUCACCGGGGUCAUGACCACAGACAUGGUGUUCCCCACAGUCCAUGAUGCUGUGCUGCACUGUCAACAAUCAAAUUCCCAUUAAACAGCUGAUCCGACCAAUGAGACAGCCUGACAAGAACGAACCACAGCAGCAGUCCUGACUUGGACAGCUGACUUGGGAGGUGCCACAACCUGACAAGUAUGAGUGAUGAAUGCAUUUCCCUGGAUGUUCCAGCAUCACUGUCGAGAUGAACUGAACAAUCAUUCAUAUUGAAUAACGGAGUAGCACAGAGGUGCUUGUUUUCCUUAAAGCACUCCAGAAUUUGACAAAUGAGCCCAAAGCUGGCAUGGUAGAAGAAGUUAGGUAGAGGUUUUAUGAAGCUCUUAUUCAAUCAGAAAUUCAGGAUCAAGUUUCCAGCUGAGAUUCCUACAGCUGUAUUCCUGUACGUCUUCUCUUCAGAGGGAAAUGUUACGAGUUGCACUUUUAAUAUAUUUUUAUAGUUCAAAGUUCUCACUGCUCUGCUGGGAGAAAUCACAUUUAAAGUAAGCUGCUGCUGCUGCUGCUCCUGUCCAAGUGACAUUUUAAGUGUGAUUUCUGUAAGAGUGUAGUUUGUGGUUGAAAUUUGUGAAACUAACCAGAAGCUGCCUCUCAUUAUCAUGCUGGUAUCAAACGUUUAUGGUUACUGAGAAGUUGUCCUAAUAUGUGAGUGUUUUUUUCAGCUGUAUCUCUGUGUACUUGUGUAUUUAAAACAAGCUAAUUGGACCAGGAAUGGUCAUUCUGCAGUGUCAGGUUCGUUGUUACAGUACAUUUGCACUGCUGUUUGAGUCCGAGUGCAACACUAACAUCAUAGUAUACAGUCUGUCAAAUGACAUUUUAGUGUAAAAACUGUUCCUGUUUCUCACAAAGACUUUAAUUGUGCUAUUAUUGUAUAACACAGGAUGCCUUCUAAGUUACCAUGUGGUUUUUACAUUUAACAAAGCAGUGGCACUGAAAUCUGGAAUAAAUUUUAUUUUCAAGCGAACAAAUGACAACAAAAGGACAAUAUUUUUACGCAGCUUCUUCGAUGGUAAAAAGCCAAAAUGGAAA